AAAUGGACAAAAAGAAGAAAAUGGACAAAACGGGGAACCAUAGCAUUCGCAAAUUCUUAGUGGAAAUGUCGGCUGACAACAGCAGUGGAGCCAGGAGGAUCUCACAAUCCAAUACAAAUGUUCAGGAAAGAGAAAACCAUGCGAGCUUAAAGAAAGAAAAACUGCACCGAAAUGAUUAUCGUAAUCCAUUACAGGAGAGGACCAACAAUAUUUCUGAAGAAGGACCAUUUAACAGCUUUCUGCAGCAGAGUGAGGAAGGGAAAAGCCACACUUUCAGUUUCCGCUACAAAUACAAGAAACAUGCAGUGGCAUGUGACAUGUCCAAGACUGUCCUCGAUGCUCUCAAUACAAACAAGAUAUUUGAAGCAAUUAUGGGAGAAAACAAAAAUAAAGAAAUAGUCAUCCAGAGAUCCCAAGGAGACGUUCCUAGAGCUGCUGUGAAAAGAGAUUUCCCUUGCUGUCUUAUUGAAAAAGAUGAGCUGUUGGAUAUAAGCUUCAUCAAAAAUUGUGGAAACGUUCCUACAAAACGGAAGACUAGAAGGCGCUCAUUCUCCAAAGAAACACAAAACAUAGUAACCUUUAACAUUAAAACUAAAGGAGGCAAGAAAGUGAAACGCUUGAUGAAAAACAACGAGCUGAGGAAGAAAGUUGAAGAUGUUUGUGUGUAUGCAUUCAAAGAAGAAAGAAUCAAGGAUGCACUGCGGCACGACGGACGGUUCAUCAAUGCCAUUUUCAAGAAACAUUGUGCACUUACCGAAUUUGGGAGUGAGACGAUCUAUGAAAUGAGACAAACUGUAGAGCAUCUGGACGGAAAGCAUUUCGAGAUUAUUGUUGUCAGUGACAGUAUCCAGCCAGAAAGUCAAGAUGACUUCUUGGGUGAUGAACCGUAUGAAGCUUGCUCUGCUGAUCUGCAAGAAAACAUCGAUCCUAAGCAACAUCCUAUUAACAAUAAACAAGAAGUGAAAUCCACAAAUCCUAACAAUUCCUGGACUCUUGAAAUGAUUCAAGACUCUGAAGAAAUUGUGAGAAUUCUGCGCAGUCAGUGUCCAUUUUACCUGGAGAGCUUAGUGAAGCAGCUAGGGAGCAGAAGGAAGAAAUCUGAGGUCCGAAAGCUGCUCCGAGCAGAAUAUGAUAAAAGCGUUCAAAGCUUUUCUGAGGUGUUUAAAAUAAAGCAGAUCAUGAGACUCUCGGACUCUGUGUGUCAGAUUCGAGCUGAAGGGUCCGCCAGAGGAUCAGGCUUCAUACUCUUUAACAGAUUCAUCAUCACCAAUGCGCAUGUUGUAAAGGAUUUUAUGGAGGAUCCAAACAGGUUUUCUUCUUCAAAAUAUCUAGAAGCUGCAUUUGAUUUUGAUCGUCUUGACUCAAAGGUGAAGCUGGUGCCAAUCAAGAAACAGAUUCCUGCUUACUGUUAUAUAACGGAUGCUAAUAAAAGGCGUCUUGACUUUGCUCUUCUUGAAUUGGAUGCUGCUGAUGAAAUCUCAGGUCGCCCAGAGUUGCUCAGUUACUACAGCCCUGGCGUUCCUUCAACUGGUGGGGUUUGCAUUGUGGGACAUCCUGAUGGCACGAAUAAGAAAAUGGAUUCCUGCUUUAUCGUUGCUAAAGAUAAAGCAGCAGAGGCAGCGGAUGAACACAUCUCUAAGAAUGUCACUUUCAUUCAUGUGGUUUCACAGAGGUGUAUAGAAGAGAAAUGGGACAUUUAUGGAAACCAGUUUAGUUAUCACUCCUGUUUCUUUUAUGGAUCUUCUGGCUCUCCGGUUUUUGACGAGGACUGCAAGCUGAUUGGUGUGCACACUGGUGGAUAUGUGUACAAGGAGAAAAGAGGUAAAACUAGAAGCGUUAUGGAGUAUGGCUAUACCAUGCAGUCCAUUCUGGAUAUGAUCAGAGCUCAGCUGAAGAUAAAAGGUUUGAAUGAGAUUGUCAAUCUCUUGGAAAACUACAGCGGUGUGUUUGAGACUCCAGAGAAAGAGGAGGAGACCGACUGUGAGAUGGAAGAUGUUGAGUGACGCCGUCCAUUUCUUUUGGAAGGAAAUGACUAAAAAGUCUUAAAUGAUUAGUUCAUCCAAAAAUGUUGUCAUUAAUUACUCACCCUCAUGUCAUUUCAAUCUCCUGAGACCUUCAUUCAUCUUCAGAACACAAAUGAAGAUAUUUUAGAUGAAAUCCUGGAACUCUCUCAUCCUCCAUAGACAGCAAUGGUUCAGAGACGUUUGAAGUCCAGAAAAGGAAGCAAAAACAUUGUCAAAGCAUUAAAUCAACUUCAGUGGUUCUACUGUUAUCAUACAAAGCUCCAAGAACACGUCUGUGCUUGGAAAAAAAAAGUAAAUACAACUGCGAAACACGCAAGCACCAUAUUGUUUAUUUAGAUUUUUUAUGGCUUUAUGUAGGGCUGGCUGAUUAAUCGAAAUGAAACCACAAAUGCGAUUGAACAAAGCAGCGAUUGUCAUGCACAUUAUUGUGAUUCAUAGUAAAUUUCCUCUGAAUGCCAGAGGGUGCUUUGAGAAACCCUGGAAAUACCCAUAGCAUUAAUAAUGCAUUUUAUUUAUAGACCAUUUUGAGAGAUGUAAACAAAAACAAUGGUCCCAAUGUAUUUCCUGUUUUACAUUUUUAAUUUCAGUAGCUUAUAAGAAUCCAAAAAGAGCCACAUAUUGAAAAUUAAUGCUAUGAUAGCUGUUUUAACAUUAAGUUAUGAUUGAAUUGCCUCUUGCUGCAGUUAUGAAAUAGUUUGAUAACAAGCAGGAAAUGUUCAUGGGCAAAUGACAUGACCAGAGUGAAAUGGUCUAUACUGUGCUUUUCUUACACCCAAAGCACUACGUUAAGGAUAAUACAAAAUAGAGAGUGAGUGAGAGAGAAAACAUUAAAUAGUACAAAGUAAAAAACGAAAUAAAAAUUUGAUUAAAAAACAAAUGUUUUUCGUUAUUUUUUUUUUAUCAGAAAAAAAAGUAUAUUAAACAAUUCUAUUUAUAAAUGAUUAAUAAAAAAAUAUCUAUUUUUCUUAAUGUUGUCUCCAAAUUCCCUACAACAAUUUUAGCAGUCUAUGAGUCUAUCUAGUAUUCAUUUAUUCAACCAUGGUGAACGGACAGAGAAUAAAGGCUCUUGCACUCUAUUUCGGACACUGCGAGAAUCAGCUUCUCUGCCAUGGGGCACGACAAAGCUGAAAAUUCUGUGCAAC